UCAGAGGUAACAGACGUUAACGGGGAAUGGCAAAGAUGGCGACUAAAGGGCUCCUCCAGCUUGUCAUUCUGGCCUGCAUCAGCACUGCUGUCGUCUCAAUUACACGCCAGGAAGUCAUCUUACAGGAGAUUUCAAUACAUCGCGAUGCUGGCUUAUCUGCGUGCUACAUAAGGAUUGGAAUGGAAGAUGGAGGAGAGAAACCUAGUAGUAAAAAACAACCAAUGUCUCAGAAGAAAACACCAGACAACUAUUUUCCAAAGAUCGAGAAAGUGGAGAUAAACAAGCCUGCUUCACUGAUCCUACUCCAGGAUAACGUGGCAGUCCUAGAUGUGGAAAGUCAGAAAAAUGUCUUAUGGUUCUGCAGGGAUGCGACCCAAUAUCUUGUCAUCAAUGAAGGGAAGUAAUGAAUUAGUUUAAUUGCAGUUCUGCGCGGUACGCGGUAGUUCUAGAACAGGCUGCAAGGUGGCUUAAACAAUCACAGCGGCAGAACGUAUUGCGCCUGCACUAAACCCAGAUUUUGACGUCUUUUAAAUAUUUGGUCAACAAUGCAUCUUUACGACAUUAUAUAAGACGUUCUGCUGAAGUUCUUUUAAUAAUACAUUACGGGUUUUGAGUGCUGUUUAAAUUUUCUUCUUUGAGAGUAGUGGAACAACUAUAGUAGUUAUCAUGAAAUCGAGGGAGAAUGAACUCAAUCAAUCGAUACUUACUCGGAAACAUGCAGAUGAAAGUACCUUCCAAGUGACGUGAUAUGCGACAAUAGAUGCCGAAACGAGAUAUCAGCCUGCUUCAUGUGUAGGCUUAGUGCCCAAUUGUGUGGUGUAUCCAUGAAGUAUGAUAGACAAUUAAUCGCAAAACCGCGAUACUUAUAUAGCCUGUGGUUUAACAGACGUUGCUGUACGAUAUAACUAAUGAUAUAACAUAAAUAAUUAUUAUUCCUCAUUGUCCGUAUCUCUGUAGGCUUUUCUUAUCAUCCAAGUGUGUAAUGAUGGUUACGAUAACACAAAAAAUUGGAUAUAUUUGAUGUAUUUCUCUGGUAUUUCUUUUUCAGGUGAAAGAACGCAAAGGUUUUUCUUAGAACUCGGCAUAGGCCUGCUAGUUGGAGGACUAUUUAGUCUUAUUAAGUGCAUUAUCUUCUGCCCAGUUCGCGACCCACCAGAUACAACCCCGCCAAAGUUUUCGUGCCCUAUGGACAUAUCUGUUUAUGCUCUACCCCUGGAGAAGACGGCUGAAGUAUCCUGGGACGAGCCUUUAGCAUAUGAUGCCCAAGACCGAGAUUUUAACAUUCCCACAAAGCGGAUUCCCGAUUCACCCAAGCCGGGAGAUUUUCUUACGGCAGAUGUGUACACUGUUACAUAUACGGCGAGCGACGCCUCCGGUAACGCCGCCACCCCCCCUUGUACCUUCAACAUCAAUGUGUGUGUGACAAAAUGCCCUCAUCCGUCCGAAAUAUGGGAUCAGGUGAAGCAAGGAAAUAUGUCAGUAACAUUCUACCCCAACACAAAUGAUAUGCUACUCGGAACUACGCUUGCUGCGACAUGCAAAUGGGGAUAGGUUUUGAGUGACGGUUCACCACGGAUAAUGAAGACCUGCACAGCGGGACGUGAACUGCCCGCUGGAGUCUUCUGUAAUCCUCGAACCACUGAUAUUGGACAAUGGGACGGCAAAGAUAUAAGUUGCAUACCCGUACGGUGUGAUCCAUUACCGCCGCCAUACCGGGGACGUGUUUCCUGUACCGACGAUUACAACUUCCUCAGUGAGUGCACCUACAGCUGCGACGAAGGUUUUGACAUACCAAGUGGGAUGAACCGAGUACGAGUUUGCACAGCCGCUGCAGAAUGGACUGGCAGAGAGGCACAAUGCAAAGACAUCAUUAGGCCAAGAAUUGUGGACUGUCCAGGACCUCUUCUUAUUGAGUAUCUAGAUAUGAAUGAUAAAGAGGUAACUGUAAUUUGGGUAGAGCCAUCAGUAAGUGAUAAUGCAGACCCCGGCCUCACAGCAGACCUAUCAGAGGGAAAACCACCUGGGUCAUCGUUUCCUGUCGGAACUCAUAGAAUUGUAUACACAGCAACGGACACAGCGGGCAAUGCAGCCAUUCCUUGUGAAUUCACAGUGUCGGUCAGAGAAAUCACAUGUCCGGAAGUUAAAAAGAAGCCGUACCAACUUGUGUCAUGUCCUGGCGGCAAUUCGUACGGUUCACGUUGCGAGUUCUCGUGUGAGGAUGGGGCCCGGCUCAUCGGUACGAACUUCUCGUAUUGUGGCAAGACAGGGGACCCUCCAGUUGGCUACUGGGAUUGGGAUCUGGAUCAGUUGGAGGACAGCCAACCUAAAUGUGAAGGACAUCCAUGUCGAUCUCUAAGGGUACCACAAAAUGGAGCUCUUGCCUGCGACGCAUGGCUUUACGGGAAAUAUUGCACGAUGCUCUGCAAUACUCGAUACGACAUUCCUCCGGGCCUGCGAAUCAGAAACUCUCUCUGGGUUUGCGGAUCUUCAGGAAACUGGGACUACCCGGACCCACCACACUGCUCUGAAAGAAGACGUCCAUCUUCUAUGCGACUACCCUCCGAACUGCAGUACUUUGCAGGGGACUGCGGAAGCUCUGACACACAAGAACAAAUCAGCGAAAAUUUUGUCCAGAUAUUUCAAGAUUCAGGUUUUGGUUCGAUCUGUGCCCAUCUAAGCUGCACAGUAGAAAAUGUAAACGUUAUCUGUGGCAGCACUUCACGACGAAAACGUGAUGAUACACAAACAAACUCAUCUGAGACAUCUGUACUGACAAUUCAGUUCGACUUUGCACUUCCUAUUUCUGAUGAAAUUUCCGUAUACGAAAGUGAACAGGUGUUGUAUUCCCUGGCAGAUGAAACAAGCAGGCAGGUCUUGUCUGGAAAUUUGACAAUGAAGAAUGUUACAGGGGUAGAGUUGGUGUUAAAUCAGCAAUCCUUCAAAAGUGGGCUAAGUGAAUUCCAGUGCCCUGACGGAAUGGAGCCUCGUUACGACACAUUUUCAUGCAUUGGUUGCUCUGCCGGGACUUUCUACAAUAGCAUGACCAAAAACUGCCAAGAGUGUCCGAUCGGAACCUUUCAAGAUGAAGACUCACAGUUCGAUUGCAAGAGAUGCCCACACGGAUACACCACUGUGGCAGAGGGAGCAAACAACGAAACUGUUUGCAGACGUGAAUGCAGGCCAGGCACAUUUUCAUCUAACGGCGUGCAGCCCUGCUCUCCUUGUAACAGAGGGGAAUAUCAGCCCACAAUGGGAGAAACGUCGUGCAUUUCCUGUCCACCGGCUACCACGACAUUGUUUGAAGGAGAAGCGGAUGUCUCAGCUUGUGAAAAUUUUGAUCUCCAGUUUCCCCGACCAUCCCCGAAAGUCUCGGGUUGUGUAAUCUAUGACGAUGUGGAAUUUAAAAAUGCUAGUGGCAUUACUGUUUCAUUUUGGGUUUGGUUUCAUAACAGUUGUCACCCGAAUGCGUCGAUGUUUCACUUCUAUUGUUUGGACACCUCCAGAGAAAAUUGGCGUAACGAAACUACUCAAUACCCUUGCUUCUACAUGUCAUCACCACAAAAUAUACGCCUUGGACUACGAAGAAAAAAUGAGACCACAGAGAUACAGACAGGUGUCAGCUGGCGCCAUGAAACCUGGCACCAUGUUGGAGUUGUAUACAGUGCCACGAACAGCACAUACAUGAUCACAGUUGAUGGGAAAGCUGUUGCAAAUGACAGUUUUUCUCAGCAACUACUGCACGAGGGCAUCAGCCAGCAUGGACCACUUUGGCUAGGCUGUCACAUUACUGAAGGCACAAAUGGAACAGAAUCCUUUGCUGGCUUCAUCAGCAACGUGAACAUCUGGAGUCAUGCCAAAAACGAGUCGGACCUUCUGGACAUGGCACGAACGUGCGUCAACAAGAAUGCUGGGGACGUACUUAGUUGGUCUCAACUUGCUACAGCCAAACAACUGAAAGUGUCGCUCCAAAUUCCUAGUCUAUGCGAUGACACCGACGAGUGUGCAUCAGCACCUUGUGGAGACAACCAGUGUGUAGAUCAACUCAGAGACUACAGUUGCAUCUGCAAGACUGGUUUCAUUGGGCAAAACUGCGAAAUCAACAUCGAUGACUGUGAAGACAACGUGUGCCAGAACAACGCUACCUGCCUGGAUGGUGUAGGAAACUACACAUGUCUGUGCUCAGAGGGGUUUGUUGGGGACUUUUGUGAAGUGGAGUCAGUUGAUGGCAACUGGGCACCAUGGAGUCAGUGGAGCAGCUGCAGUGCUUCUUGUGGCGGAGGGAAUCACAGCAGGACCAGGGAAUGCAUCAAUCCUCGACCUAUGCACGGGGGAAGCAACUGCACGGGGCCAUCUUUUGAAAUAGGCGCGUGUAAUACGCAGAAUUGCCCAGUUUGCAAAAAUCUUACUGACCCGGUCAACGGAUUUGCAACAUGCAACUCUACUGGUGAGGAGAUUUACUGUACCAUCUCCUGUAAACCUGGGUUCGAGUUCUAUGAUCAGCCAAACCUUCACUACCACUGUGGACAGUCAACAUUGCACCAAUGGAACCAUGAGACACCAAGAAAUCCCAUGGCAAGAUAUCCUCCAUGCACAGAGGUAACUCCACCAAAGGCGUUGGAUGUGAAACAUGAGAUGACCUAUUCAAAUCUUUCCUGCAAGACAGAAGAGAGUGCACGAUUAGCAAAACUAGAAGUUGAAAAAACUAUUCAGACAAGGGUGAAGGAUAUUGAGUGCGUUAAACGUAACUCAUGCUACGUCAGGGCAAUUGAUGUUGAACAUUGCUCAGGCCAGACUGUUGAAAGUGACAAAGUAACGGUUACUGUUGAGCUUUCAAGCAUUUCUGUUGCUGAGAAUGAGACAAACAACACCGACAAAAACCACUCAUCCACAGCAGGGAACCUUGCUGUCACCAUAACAGAGUUGGAACUUGCCGCACUACAGUUGGAAAACAUGACUUUUAGUGAUGACUUUACUGUCUUUAUUCACAAUGACGCGUAUCCUGUAGACAAUAACGCUACAAAGACGUACGGAGUUACUGAGUGCAGCAUUGGGGAGAUUGUGGUUAUGUUUUAUUGCGUACCCUGUCCUAUUGGGACCAGUUUCAACAACGGGAAGUGCAUAAAGUGUGAUAAGGGCACCUACCAAAACGAGACCGGGCAAGUGAACUGCAUAACCUGCCCAACUGGCCUAACCACCGAAGGAUUUGGAGCAUUUGACGAAGAAGAUUGCUUAGUGUUGGAGACGGCAGUCAGCACUGAAGAACCAGUAACGCAAGUGGUAGGAAUGGACUCAAAGAUGAUCUCUAUUGCGGCCGGAACAGCUGGGGCGCUGGGUCUUAUAUUCCUGAUUUCAUUCGCUGUACUUCUCCAACGAUAUCUGAACAACAGAGCAAAAGUGUCAAAUGAGUCAAGGAUGGCGUCCGAGCACGAAAAGAAGUCUGCGAAUUCCGAGCUGGAAGGAGACCAUGGAAGACUGCCAACACAAAUGCAAAUGAAACAACGUAAGAUGUACCUACCAGGAGAGGAGAAUCUUAAGAGUGAAUCCAAGGUAUAGGUGGCUCAACAGGACGCAUUAUACUCUAUGGGUCUAUAAAGAAUUCCAUUUUACGUUUUACUGAUUUUAAUUAUAUGCUCUCAUAAAUGCACAGCAUUACUAUAGUUUUAGAAUGCGCAUCAGUUUUUCAGCACAUUGUAUACAGUUUUCCGGAUAUUUCAAUGCAAAGUGGACUUUUUUACCAUUAGAUUAAAUGUUUUAGAGGGACUAAGCACUUCUUUACUGCACAGCAUCAUAGCAAAGACAAUUGUCAGUUGCAUAUUAUUCAAUAUAUAGGUAAACAGGUAGUCCUACAACUCCAUAUAAUUAAAUAUA